UCUAGUGCGAGAUGAACGGUUCAAUAAUAAAGAACCUAAAUAUAAGGAAUAUUUUUGUCUCGACGUUUCAAGUAUCUUCUUCUUCUUUCUUCAUUUCCCCAAAAUUUCUGAUCAUCCUUCGCAUCGCAGCUUAGGGUUUUUCUUUCCUUCUCAAUUCGCCUCAAUCUUUUUUGUCAAUUUCCUCCAAUUAUCAGGAGUUAUUGGCAAAAGGAAAAUGCAGGGAGGGAGAGGCAGAGAUAAUUUCUUUGACCCCUUUGCAGGCUUUAAUGGAUUCGGUGGUAUGGGAGGCCAUCAGAAUUUGUUGUCAAGUGUGUUUGGGGGAAGAGAUCCAUUUGAUGAUCCUUUCUUUACUCGUCCAUUUGGAAGCCCAUUUGGAAGCAUGUUUGAGUCUGGCUUCUUUGGUGCUAAUGGUAAUCCUUUCACUAAUACACAUCCAGCUGGGUUUAUACAACAGCAAGAGCCACAGCCAAAUAAACGAAGGGGACCUGUUAUCGAAGAGUUGAAUUCGGAUGAAGAGCAUGCAGAAGGAGGUGCUGAGAAGACGAAAGAGAAUCCCAGAAAGCAUUCUAGAUUAGCCAAAGAGCCUCAUGUUGAGAUCCCUGAUGAUGAAUUAGAUGGUAAAGGUAGGAAAAACAAGCAAAUUCAGUACAGAAAUGAAUAUAACAAUAGGAUGAACAAUGCGGCGUUUCCUUCUCAGUCUCAAUGCUACACUUUCCAGAGCUCAUCUGUAUCAUAUGGUGGUGCUGAUGGGGCAUAUUAUACUAAAUCUACCACCCGAAGGGCAGGGAGCGACGGAGUGGUAUUUGAAGAGUUCAAAGAAGCUGAUAGCACUACUGGUCAAGCAAAUCACAAGGUCUCGAGGGGACUCCAUAACAAGGGCCAUACUCUUGCAAGGAAGCUUAAUUCUGAUGGUAGAGUGGACACAAGGCAGACACUGCAUAACCUUAAUGAAGAUGAGCUUGCUGGCUUCGAAAAUGCCUGGGAGGGGAGUGCUGGAAGGCAUUUGACUGGUGGGAGGCUGAGGUUGGAUGAAGGUAACCCACAACCUGGUAGCUUUGGACAAACAAGCAGGGGAGGUUGGGCACUUCCUUCUGUUCAGCAUCAAGAGGACAACUCUGGCGUAACAAAUGCAAAUCAUGCUGCUCGUAUAAAGCAGACAGGGAAAAGGGCAGCAGAUCGUGGAUCGCAUGGAAGAACAAGGGCUUAAGAGAUUUGCUGGCCGAUAUCAGUUAUUUACUUGAUGUACCUAUAUAUAAAAAUAUGUUGUCGUAAUCCCUGACAAUCCUGCUAUCUAGUUCUAUAUGGCAGGCCAGGCGUUUCCCUACUGGCUAUUUUAGAGUAAGAGUAAAAAGUUUCAAUUCGCCUUCCAUGGUGAAACUUGUAUAAAUUGUCUUGGUUUGAGCAAUGUAUGGAAGCCCACACAUUUAUAUUGUGUGGCAUUUGCAUA